AUGUUGCCAGUAGGUCAGUGGAAAUACAACAAAACCUGCUCACAUAACUGGACCUGCUCGGUUUCUACCGAUAGUCCGUUGACAGCGUAUGUUUUACAGACUCUGUUGGCAAAACAAAAGUCAAAUGCGGACACAGAUGGCUACGGUCUUGGUCAGACUCUGUUUGAAAUCUGUUUUGCAGGUUUGAUCGUAUGGGUAAGUAUAUUUUUUGCCGGACACUUUUUAGCGCCAACAAACGGCUGUGUUAAACGCCGAUCGGAAGAAAGUGGAGAUCACGAUGGAUAUUAUUGCGUUUGCAACGAGGUAUAUUGCGACGAAACUCCGGAUGCGAUUAAGCCACUCAAUCCUAGCGAAUAUGUCCUGAUAACAUCGAGCAAAAGUGGUCUAUUCUUCCACGUAUCGAAAGGCACGUUUGACAAUAAGAAGACUGGCGAUCCACUGGGAAAGAUCACUGUAGAUCAAAAGGACGUGUAUCAAGAAAUUUUCGGAUUUGGUGGAGCUGUAACCGAUGCGGCGGCUAUAAAUAUUCAUAAACUAACGUACGAGGCAUCCGAAUACUUGUUGAGAAGCUACUUUGGUCCACAUGGUAUUAAUUAUAAUUUCAUCCGAACGCCAAUGGGUGGCUCGGAUUUUUCAACGAGACCUUACACCUACGCAAUGGUAGAAAACGAUACUACGUUCCAGUACUUCGAUUUACAGACAGAGGAUUAUGUUUACAAGAUACCGAUAAUGAAGCGAGCUCAAGAAUUAAAAAACGGGAAAAUUAAGUUAAUGUCUACGCCGUGGACCGCCAGUCUUUGGAUGAAAACUAAGAAAUCUUGGACACACGAUUCUAAGUUACGUCCGGAAUAUCGACAAGCGUGGGCAGACUAUUUCGUAAGGUAUUUCGAGGCUCAUCGUCGGGAUGGUUUAGAAUUUUGGGGUCUGACGUGCCAGAAUGAGCCAGAAAAUCACAAGUAUAUUCCGCUAAGUGUUAAUCUCAAUGCGAUGACGUGGACAGCCGAGGAAGAGCGUGAUUGGAUCAUCGAAUACUUGGCACCAACCUUGAAAACGAAGAAUUUCGAGCACAUCAAGAUCUUUAUAUUGGAUGAUAAUAGACCGUCGCUUCCUGAGUGGCCAAAAACGGUGUUCCAAAACAAGACAGCAAGAGAUAUUGUCUCUGGAAUCGCACUCCAUUACUAUUUUGAUAGUGAAGUCAGCCCGAGUGUCUUGGACGAAACAAAACAGCUCUUUCCAGAGAAGUCACUGAUAUAUACGGAAGCUUGCACUGGAGUUUACGAAGACAAACACGUAAUUCUCGGUUCAUGGAAACGAGGUGAGGUGUAUGCAGCGAAUAUCAUCGAGAACAUGUCGCAUUGGGUAUCCGCUUGGAUCGACUGGAACAUUGCUCUAAGCACGAGUGGCGGACCUAACUGGAUCAACAAUACAGUUGAUUCCCCGAUAAUAGUCAACAGCACUGCCAAUGAAUUCUACAAGCAACCGAUGUUUUACGUUCUUGGACACUUUUCAAAGUAUGUCCCACCUAACAGCGUGAGAAUCGGCACGACAUCAGACAAUACCGACGGUAUACCAAAUGUUGCGUUUUCCACGCCCGACGGUGGCGUCGUAUUAGUGAUUUUAAAUCUGAACGAAGAAGAGAGGGAAAUUCUGAUCAAUGAUCCGAAGAAAGGGACAACAAAGAUAAAUGUCCUCGGAAAGUCCAUAAAUACUAUGAAAUACUGGUAGAUAUAGCGGAAAUGCAAAGUCCGCCGUAUCGACAGAUACACGAUACGUGUGAGAUGUAAAUUGUAGUUUUUAGUUUUUUAGAUUAGUUAGUCUUCUUGAGUAUCUUAAAUAUACGUGGCGAGUUAAUUUUAUCAAUGUUAAGCCGAUUAAUAAAAAGAAUCGUUAAGUCAUGAAA